AUGAUGAGCCGAAGACAUAUCUCCAUCAAAGCCGGGGCCACCAAGAAUAAAGCCCCAUGCGACGUGACAACCUCCAUUAGCUUGCCUCCCCUGGUCGAAGGUGAGCUGCGAUGCUUCCUGCGCGUGACCGUUGGCUGUCUGCUCUGGAGUGUGGCCAAGCCUCCGCCAGUGACGUCAGUGCGUCUGCGUUGGUGGGGGGAGUCCUCGGAUGGCACACACUUCCAUCCCAGAAAUAGUGCGCUGCCUUCGCAGAAGAGCGUCAGGACCACGGCGCGCUUCCCCGUUCGCUGUGGACCCAAGCAGUUCACCGCGUACCUGGCAGAUAUGGGAAACUUGGUGCUUGAGGUUUUGAGCAAGCAGGGUCAUCUGCCCAUCGCUAGAGCUCAAGUGAAGGAUAUAUCCUGCCUUUCCCAGUCACAGCCAAUCACUGGAUUUCACACCCUGAUGUCGCCAACAUCGAAGAAGCUUGGCGAGGUGGAGGUCUCGCUUCACUUGGAGCCUCUGGCUGGAGCGUUCGAAAAUCGCAGCUCUUCCAUUCUCACCAAUUACAUCACCAGCAGUGUUCCACAGGUACCUUCAAUGGCCCUGUUUGACGAGCAUCCUGCUCCAGAUGCCACCAAAUCAGAUGAGGGCGGCGAUGGAAACACGCUACGAGAGGAAGAUCAAAUCGUAGAGAGAGACGAGUCGUUGGAGAACUUAAAGUUGCAAGCAAACUGUCAAAACACUGUGGAUCAGCCAAAUAAUGACAUCCUCUCAGCCUCUAUGGAGUGUGGCAACAAACUUAGGGACACAAUGGCAACAUCAGAUCUGGAAAGUGACAAAACUUCUAUCCCGGUUCUCAAAGACUUUCAACUUCCAACCAUCCCCUCCGAAAUAUUCUUUGAAAACAUCCUGCUUGCCGAUUCAGCCGUCAAGCAGUCAGAAGACAAUGCAGUUGUCGAUUGUGGUCUUGGUUGUUCUUCUGACAUGGAUGGCAGAGCUGUGGAGCUCCUACUCGGGUACAGAUCGAAGACGUCCGUGCCUCCACUGUGGCAAGGUGAGGCCGACUUCUUCGAGUCUCCAUCCAGUCACGGCAGCUUGAGUGGAGACAGUGAACUCGGCGACCCGCAGUAUGACAACAGCUUGCUGGAAAAUCUGUUCUACAAAACAACGUCAGAGUCAAGAGCAGAGGAGAUGGCAGGUAACGGUGAAAGGCAGAAGAACGGUGUAUCUCAAACUGAGAAACGGUUGAAACAGUCUGCGACCAAGUCAAGGGAAAAUCCUGUUUUAGAGCUUCAAGGCGAUCUAGCUAAUGCCGACAUUCCUCUGAACCUGGAGCAGCUGGCAUUUUUGAGUUUCAUGAGAUCAGCCAAAGUGACUGUCGACUCAAUGAGUGUGCCUAAGGACUGUGCCAGCCCCCCGUCCGUGAAGACCCCAUGCAAAUCUCCUUCCCUGUUACGUAGAAAGAAAACCACAUAUUUUGUCGAGUACGCGUUCCCCAAGACUUCCUCCUCCAAUCGACCGGCACGAAAUUUGGUGCCCGGGGUGGAUGUGACCAGGGCUGCUUCCAGUAAUGUUGCAGGAGGAGUGGUCAGCUUCCAUCAGCUCUCCAUGUUUCCCGUCCGCUUCAGCAAAACAACAGUUAAAAGGUGGUGGGCAAGUGAUCUCCUUUUCCGCAUUUUCGCUCGAAAACAUGACCAAAAUAAGGCUGUUCUAAUCGGAGAGGUCGCUUAUCCACUGCGUUGUCUGCUGCAGAGCCAGCAGCUCAGCGAGUCUCUCACACUGCCUGUGCAUGCUGUGGAGGGCGCAAAACAGGAACUUUGUGUUCUCAGGGUGCUGCUCCAACUUUGUACCAACCAUGGAGUCUCUGAAACUUCUGAAAAAAGAGACUCCUCAUCUUCACGCAGCCCUCAAAGAGAGUCUUCUACUACGUCGCAGUUUGUCGACAUUUACUCGAAUCAUCUCACCGGCCGCUCUUCAGAAGACAUUGCACUAAAUGUUCCACUUCAAAAUUCCAUGCUCACCCCUUAUCCGACACGGCACACACCGCCGGACCCGGCACGACGUCUGACACCAGAAGAACCCGAGGUCCUGUUGCACACGUUGCUCAUGGUGCCGGACGGCAAGAACUUUAACAGUGGCCCGGCGCAGGCUGUCAACGUCUACUUGAGCUGUAAACUCUUCUGGUGCGACGAGGUGGUGAGGUCUGUUGUCAGCUGGGGCCGUGCCAAUCCUUCAUUUAACUUUGUCCAGGUAACCCCUGUGGCUCUAACUCCAAACUUACUGGAACGAAUGAAGAACAACUUGAUGGUGAUCGAAGUGUGGCAGAAGACAAGUGGCUCCAGCCAUGAGAGACUCCUCGGCCUUGUCAAACUUCCUUUACACCAGUUCUACAUGUCCUUCAGGGACUCCCAAAUUGCCCACCUUCUUCUCCAGGCGCAGUAUCCAGUUUUAGGGGUGGACUGCUACAUGCCGGUAGUGGACGUCUUCUCUGGCGGCUGCAGAGGAAGUCUUAGAGUCACACUGGCCAUGGGCCUCUGCGAGCAGGUGCUCGCCCUGCAGCGCGCCAGAGACAAUGAGCGCGAUUCGCCGAGCCACCCUUCCCUCAGAAGGCUGCAUCUACUUGACCACCAGCCCAGUGCACCCGCCAAGGAGUGUCUGUCAGCAGUACCCCAUCUUCACUCUCGAGCAAUGACUGAGCACGUGUUUACCAUCCAGGUGGAAAAGGUGUCGGGCCUGACCCCUCUGCAAUCUACAGUGUGGGGCGAGGCCGACUGUUAUAUUCAGUACACUUUCCCCUGUCAAGAAGUUGCCGAUUUUGACACCACCCUGGAUGGAUAUAGUAACACCAACCUGAAGCCUUUUCGGACCACAACUACUUUGUGCGUUCCUGACCCGUUGUUCGGGCACACGGAGACACACGCCCUGUUGGUACCUGAGGGUGUUCCUGUUCAGAAGCUGUUACUCAGCUCUCUUUCCAGCCAAGGUCUGAGAGGUGGUGGGGGCGUGAAUUUUGAAGUUUGGUGCAGAUAUUAUUAUCCCAAUGUCCGAGACCAGCUGGUGGCCAAAGGGAUUCUGCCAUUGUCUAAGCUGUGUGCCAUGGUCACAAUGCAGGGACGGCAUCUUGACGAUGCCGAGAAAUUUUCGCUACCUCUACUCACCAAAGUGGAUGGCCUGCCAGCACAUCAGCUUCAUUCCUCUGGCCUUCUUGAUGUGUGCAUCCGGUACAAGUACCGUCCGAUGAGAGUGGACAAACUGACUGGCAGAGGAGCCGCCUGUUCCUCCGUAACACUCGUGGUUCAAGUACACAGAGGGUGUGGUUUGCAGGCAGCAGCCAGAGUCAUAGCCCAGCAAGACGAAAGGUUCGACUACUUUGCCACCGUGGGAGUCAACUCUUAUGUGAGCGUUCACUUGUCCAUGUUGCCCGACGACGAGCCGUCGUGCACCCGCGUGGCUGCCAGGACUUUCUGGCCGGAGUUUGACCACCGUGCUGAGAUGCGCUGUGACCUACUCGUCCACAAAAGUGGUGGCGAAACCUGCAGUCUGGCCGAGCGGCUGGCUGAAGCUUCGGCUGUUUUCACUGUUUGGAACAAAGACAACCGUAAAGGUGUUACUGCCACGGCUCCGGAUGUGAUGUUGGGCACAGUAAAAAUACCUUUAAUCGAACUCCUCCAUAAAACAACAGGAAUUUCUGGUUGGUUCAGCAUCUCCGCUAAAUGCGAUUCCCUUCAAAGACGGCACACGUUGGUUGGAGGCCUAGAGAUCUCAGUUGGCUUUGCACACCACUCUGAACGGGAGAGGGUCAUUCAUGCCGCUGAAGAUUUGGGCUGGGAUCUGACCCAGGCUCAGAUAGACUGUGAUGACCAAGGUGCCUGGGAGCUGAGCACCAAGAAGUUAUCCAUCACCUUCUCCAUGCCCAGAGCGUGGUUACCCCUUCACUGCUUCUUCCUGCCGGGUCACGACACUCUUCAGCGCUCCACUUACUGCUACCUCCGAUACAGAUUCUAUGACCACGACACUUUUUGCUCGCACAUGAAGCACCCGUGUGUGGGCGAUGACAAACAGGCUACCGUAAUGUUCCAGGGGAGCCGCACCGUGGAGCUGAACCGCUCCCAGGCUCUCUUGUGGUACCUUCGAGAGGAGAAGCUGGAGGUCCAGGUAUGGGUGGCUUUCCAGAAGGACAAAAGCGAGAAGCCACGGGACACGGACCGCCUACUGGGUUCCGCCUUCAUUGAUCUGUCCUCUUUUGCCAAAGCUCACCAGCCGAAGUUGACUAUCAGCGGAGUGUAUCCACUUUUCCGACGCUCAGCGGCAGACCUGCAGGGCGCCGCACUGCGGGUUCACCUCGGCCUGACCUCUGGUUGCGUUCCCACUGUGGAAGACGACCCGGCGGGCUCCGACAGCCAGGAGGAGACCUUAGUAGAGGGGCCACUACAUCCCACGCCACCUUCUUCCCCGAACCGAAUGACACAAAGCCAAACCACUCCAGACGACGUAAUAUUGCAGCCUGACGAAAUUAACGAGGACGAAUCCUUCCCAGCGACUGUUGUCCUGCACAGAGCUAAGAACCUCGAUGUAAAUAUAAAUGGCCAACCCCCAUUUGACAGCAGCACUCCGGCAGCAUGCUGCUUCAUCUCAUAUGUUACUGCCAACACUGCAGAACCCGUAACUACGCCCGUGGUGGCUGACACCAACUGCCCCAUUUGGGACCACCAGCAUGACACCAGGCUUUCCAAGCAACUCCUACUUGACCCACAACAAAGCCUGGUAUUCAAAGUCCUCCACAAAAACCCCUCAGGAGCUGAGCAGGUGAUCGGCUUCACGUCCGUCGACUUGUCCCCGUUACUCUGUGGACUGCAGUCGCUGUGCGGCUGGUACAACGUCGUUGACUUCAGCGGGCAUUGUAGAGGUCAGCUCAAAUUGGCCGUCACACCACUAAAGUGGGUGCAGGACCUCCGCGGGCACAGAAAAGCUGCUCUGGACAGGGAGUUAAAAGUGUUUUCUUCACAGCCUUUGUCCCAGGUUGCAUCUUGCAGCUACCAGACCACCGGAACUUACAACAGCUUCCCUUCUCACGUCAGUCGAUUCCCUGAGCAGCACAUCUCUUCACCUGACCACAGGGAGGCACUCACUCCCAAAAAGCAUCCUUUGACUAAUCCUGUGCCCAGUGAGAGUGAACGCCACCACGAGCACAUGCAAAAGGUGCGUCUUCAUCAUCAGAGUCUCCAGGAGCAAGCCACACCGCACUCAUCCUGCGACAGCAUCAGUGACGUCAACCCUUCCGGCUCGUUGCUCUUCUCCACCAUCAGGAAAAUUAUGAGCGAUCAAGAUAACAUCCAGAGAUACUUCAGCAGCAAGCUCACGUCGCCUACUUUCCCACCUGCUUCAGUACCUGAUGAGCAGAAGCAGGCUGAGAGCAACGAGGAUCGGCUUCUCGUCACUUCCCAACAUUUCGCAGACGAUGUCCACAAUGGUCAUCACCAACAAGCCAUUUCCUCCAUCAUCCACUGUAGCCCAGCCAAAGAGAACCAUUCUAAGAUGCUAAUAUCCUCAUCUUGUCCACGGUCAUGUUUCCCUACAUCUCAGUCUGAGGAAGAACAGGAUAGCGGACACAGGGAGGAAAAUGUAGUCGAUGAUGAAGAAUGUAAAUCGCAUUUUAGCAGCGAAGAAGAAGAGGAAGAUUACGAGGAAGAGGUGUUGGAGCCAAGGCAUUUGAAUGAAAUCAUGUUUUCCCCGGUUAAGACCACGCCAUGGAAUAGCAUCCUAUCAGAACAGGGCGAGAGUCUGACGAAACCCAGCGAGGAAAAAGACGUCGUCGUUCAACGCCACCGAGCCAACAGUUUAGAAGACUUAUUCGGAGAUUUCGAAGAAGCUUCAAAUUCUCCUAGUGACGAUGACAACAAAUCAGCAGCGGCCAGUGAGGCAAAGUCUACGUCAGAGAACCAAGUCUCUCUUCCCAACUUUUUCCUGCCCUCACAUCAGUUGGAGGCUUCUCUGAAAGUGGUACACCUGGCGCCCUUACUUUCCAGUUCGUCAAGUGAUGCUGAGGGUGGCCUUCCUCCUCUUCACAUCCCUCACAAGGGUCGUUGGCGCUGUCCCUCCAUGUCGCCCACCUCCAGGAGGAGAGAGACUGAAAGAUUUGCCAGAAUCUGCGCCACUCGCUUAGAUGACGAUGAUUAG